AUGUCUAAAUUUAUCGCUAGCGAUUCCCAUGUCUCCUCUGAAUAUUCUUCAAAACAUGCCGACUCAAGCACAUCUCUAAUGGUCGGGGAUGAAGGACUACCUUUUGAUGCUGAUAGUCGUGGCCAGUUUAAAGGAUCACGCCGCUCUACUCGACGAUGUUUUACACCAUGGCAAAACUGGCCACUUAUAAUUACCUUGCUGUUUCUUAUUGCUGGCCUUUCAAUCUGGACCCAUGUAAUUAUUUUGGUGGGAAGGUUUCGGUGUGAUUCUACGCCCGCAACUGAUCAUUUCGGGCCAGACUUGCCCUAUUCGAGUCGAGUAACAUUCCAGCCUCACAAGUUUUAUGGCGGAUUACCUUCCAAUGCAACGGAUGAGAUAUGGCAGAGACUGUCCCCGCCCGGCGACGGGAUCAUCGAAGUUCCAACAGAGUACACCACCAGUCUGGCCGCCUCACUCCCUGCGCCCAACAACCCUGCCACAGCGAAAGUAUACGGCGUCUCCAUGUUCCACCAACUUCAUUGUCUGAACUUUCUUCGCACUGCCUACUACCCUGAAGGCAUCACAACAAUGUCCCCCGAAGAAACCCUCCUCCACCGCGACCACUGCUUGGACUAUAUCCGCCAGGCAAUAAUGUGCGCAGGCGAUGUGACACUCGAGCCCCUGACAAAAGCUGGUAUUAAUGGCAUGGGAGCUGUUCAUCAAUGCCGCGACUUUGAUCGUAUUUUCAGCUGGGCGUAUGAACAUGGCUUGUAUAAAGCGAGGGGGUCGGACGCUAGAACACGGCAAUGA